AUGGUCCUCGAAAAGGGAAACAAGAUCUUCAUCCCCGCUGACCAGCUUACAACCACAGAGGUUAAGAUAGAAUGGACCUUGCACUUCUCCGAUCGCACAGCACAGUACUACGCAGUUCCUUUCUUCAACAAAGAUCAAGGCAAUGAAGAGAGCGUCAUAUUUAUACAGACGACGUAUCUCGACUCUCUCAGGAGCAAGAGUGUGCCGGGAGAUGAUCUGACGGUCGUUGUUGAUAAUUCCUUUCAAUACAGUCUGAACCACGAGAAGACUAAGCGCUGGUUGGUCUACCAUGAUAAGAGGAACAACGUCCCACAGGCAAGUCAAGAGAUUCGUGCUGUUGUAGAGAAGUUGGAAUACUGA